UUUUUUAUCAAAAAUAUGCAAAUUAUCAAUAAUCAGCCCCAGCAUGAUUCGCCAAAAAACGACCAAAAUUCUUCCUCUUCUCCCCCAAAUAACAGCAAAAAACAUCAACAAAAUAAUCAAAGUCAGCAACGUCGUACGGCCGCCGAACGACGUGCUAGUCAUAGACGGAGAUCGACUGCGCAGGCGAAUGAAUUAGUACAACUCGCGCAGUUGCGAAAAGGAAUUGAAAAAAGCCGUACAAGUCAGGACAGUCCUAACAUAGAGAAAAUUGCUGAGGAACAUUCAACUAAGGAAGAAAAUUCUGAAAAGACAAUGAUUAUUCCAAAUCAACAAAUGGACAAUUCAACAAAAACAACAAAAAAUAUAUUAACAACAACAGAUUCAGACGAAUUUCCCCCAGAACCAACAAUUACUGCACCUGGCAGCGAAGAAGAAGAAUUUGUCAAUAAUGAAAAUAUUUGUAUUAAUUUAUUAGAAGAAGAACAAGUAGCUACUUUAAUGCUUUUUGAGCCAUCUCCAACAUCCUCCACCACCUCUCCACCAAUCAGAAUUACACCAAAAACAACAACAAAUAAAAAUAUUCCAGAUAUCCCCCCUUCUACCCAUCCAUUCAAACAAAAAUAUUACCACCAAAGAAGUAUUUCUGAUCAUUUAUUAAAUUAUUCCAGUUCAAAAAAUAUUCAAAAACAACAACUUAAAAAUCAAGAAAAACCGUUUGGAGAGGACAACAAUCCUCUUCCUCCUCCAAAAUAUAUUUAUUCUUCUCAGUUGGACAGUGAAUCGCCUUUAAACCUUCAAAACAACAAAUAUAAUAACAUCAACACCAAAUUUUCAAUGGCUGCAGCAACAACAAAAAAGAAAGCUCCUAUUCUUGCUCAAAUUCGUAGACUUAAGCGAGAAGAGGAAUUUAAUGAUCAAAUGGGCUCAAAUGAUUAUAACACAGAACCAGAAGAAGAAGAAGACAAUGAAGAUAAAUAUUAUGAAAGUUCGGCAAUAGAGGAUGACGAUAUUGAAUUUGCCAACAGACUUAGCCGUCCACAACAACGUUUAAAUAGAGUUUGUAGUGGGGAUGGGGAGCUUGUUAAACUUCGAAAUGUUCAUAACAACGAUGACGAUUUUUCCCCUCCUCCACCUUCAUUUACUACUACUCCAACUUCUCUUUCGUCCUUUUCUGCUUUAAAGGCAGCGACUGCUUUAGCUGGUGUUAAUUUGUCUUUGACUAGAGGCCUUGAAAACAGCUCUAUUCCAACCAGCAAUUCUUCAACACCUUCCAACACCAAAACCAAAAAUGGCAACAAAAAAAGCGCCUCAUUUUCUUCUACACCUUCAUCUUCUUCAGGAAUUGCCAAUCUAUUUUCUCUAGGAAAUCGUUUUUCAACAAAUCGGCAAAAUUCUGACAGCAGUCUAUUAAGGCGGAAUAGCCAAAAAGUUAAGGAGCAACAACAACAAAAUUUGCUUUGCAGUCGUCGCUCCUUUAAAUGGAAGAAUCUUUGGGGGCGGAAAAAUAGUGGAACAUCCAUUGACGAUAGCAAUAUAGUUGUGGGAUCAAAUGUCUCAAAAGGAGGAUCAAAUGUCUCAACUCCAACGGGGUCUCUGUUCUCAACAAAAAGAGCAUCUAGCCAAUUAUUAGACACUUUAAUAGAAGAUACUGAAACAUUUUCAAUAUCAGGAGGGAGCAAAGAAGAGGAGCUUAAGCAAAAAAGAAGGCUAAAAAGACAUUCAGCUUUAUUGUUGGUUGAGGGGAAUGAUAAAGAGGGAAAGGGUGUAGAAGAUGAAGGAAAGGAAAGAAGCUUUAAUCAGAACGCCAAUUCAGCUUUAACCCCAGUACGCUUUCGAGCUUCUAAUCAAACGAUAAAUAGUUCAUCAAGAGGAGAGAAGAGUGAAAGAAGAGAAGAAGAAAAAACAGAAUGCCAAGAAAUUCUUUCUUCGUCAAUUUUGCAGCAAAGGCCGUUUUCAAUUAUUGGCACAGGCCAGGAUAGCGAACCCUCACUUAUUAGCUCUUCUAAAGUUCAUAAUAUGCUUUCAGUUGAAGAGGAAGACAGUAGUGAACAACAAUUACUGCCAAAUGAACAAUUAGCUCGUUAUAGGAUUGAAGAAGACCUAUUGGAACGAUUUGAUGAAUUUCUUUUUAAAUGUCGACGGAAGGGGUUGAGAACAUUGAGAAAUGUGAAUGAAGAUAGUUUUGGGGUGGAUGAGGAAGAGGAAGGAGAUAAUGGGAGGGAAGAAGAAGUAGAAAUGAGGAAAAUCAUUAAACAAUCUUCAAAUAAUAGAGGAAGAGACGGAAAAUUAGAUAAGGAAGAAGACAAUACUUCUCUUCAAAAAUCAGCAACAUCCUCAACCUUGCUUAAAAAACCAAAUCACAAACAAGUCGAAAGAACAGCUCCUCCACUCCCUCCACGACUUUCUCGAGCUACUCGUCGUUCUACAAAUUGUUCUCCAAUACUUUAUAUUAGCACAUGUCAAACACUUGAUAGACGACAAAAUAAUAAAAAAUUGGCUCUUCAUAGAGCUGUUUCAAGCAGGGCUAAUAACCUGACAACGAACCUGACAACUAGUACUUCUCCCUUUUCUUAUACAUCAACACUUACACUUCCUCGUAAACGUCCACCUCCUAGAGGCGUAUCAACACAGCAAAGAAGGAGAGGGAAUAUUACUUCUGCAGCUACACGAAGAAAAAGUAUUGUGCAGCUGGCUGUGGAGGAUUCUGUUGAACUGGCAGCGAUUGUUGCGGCGGUGGAAGAGCAUGAAAAGGAAGAUUUGAAAGGGGAGGGAGGAGGUGAUGGAGAAGGUCAUGAAGCAGUUAAGGAAGUUGAAAGCGCUCAGAAAGAAGUCGAAGCAAGACAGGUAGAUGAAGAGAAGAAGCAGAAGCCGAAAGAGACGAAGCAACAAACACAGCAGCAACAAGCUAUGUUUAGGGUCAAGUCCUCCAAACAUUUGACUACUUCCACCAAUCAUCACAGCACAAAAUGUGCAAUACUUAGACAUUUAUUGGGGGCAACUACCAACAACAAUAAUAACCGGGUUUGUGGAGGUGGAAAAGUUGCACCAAAAAAUAAUGGGACCUUGAUCACUAGCAGCAACAACAAUUUGGGUAAUGCAACAAUAAGUGGUGGAAGUUGUGUUGCUGAAAUGGCUAUGGAUGGGGCUGCUAAUAGAACAAUUUCUAAAGACAACAAAAAGCGUGAAACAAAAACUAAUUCAAUGAUCCUUGGAACAAUCUGGUCAAUUCGUCCUCGUCGUAAAAAAGAAAGUAAUGCUCAACGUAGUCUAGUCAAUUUAUGGGCUUCUCAAUCCCCCACAGAAAAUAUUAGUGCUAAUAUUGCUGCUGAUAUGGCUGUUGCUAACAAAUCUUGUCCUAAUGGCAAUGGCGAUUUUAUGAACAAUUUUGCCGACCAACAGCAACUUCUACAACAACAAAAUUUAUCUCAACAUCAAUCUUCUCUACUAAAUCAAAGUCCAAGUUCAACAACUCCAAAUGUUGGUAGUUCCUCACCAUUUUGUAGCCCAACAUCAACUACAACUGAUGGAAUUUUUAAUCAUAAUAAUGGGCCAUCUACAGCCUCUUCAAAUUUCUUUCCCCGUGCCCAACUACAACAUUCUCGGUGGGCAGAUUUGGAAUUAUGGACAGAACAGGAAACUAGUUGGACUGCAAAAUAUUGUGUUGGGAGUGAUAAUGAAUUUUCUUCAUUAAGUGCAAAAGAGAUGAAGCGUCAAAAUAUUAUUUAUGAACUUGUACUAACUGAGCGUCAUCAUUGCCAAGUUUUAGUAUUAUUACAACAAUUAUAUUAUGAGGGGCUAGCACAUAAUAGAAUUUUGACACCAAAACAAUUACAAUUGUUAAUACCCGAUGUUGAAGCUUUACUUGAUUUUCACCUUUCAUUUUUACGUAGUCUUAUUGAACGUUGUUCUCAAUCACCUAUUGUAGAUGAAAUUUCUGAUAUUUUAUUGACGGAAUUUGGUUCAGGGAAUUUUCGUAAUAAUGCAAUAAAUUCAUAUACUGCCUUUUGUCUUGGCCGAGAAGAUAGUGCAAAACAAUAUUCUACUUUAAUUGCUCAAAAUAUACAUUUUCGUAAAUUUAUGGAGUAUUACGAGGGACAACAUAAAGAUCGUUCACUUAAAGAUUGUAUGUUAUUGGUUGCUCAAAGAUUAACAAAAUAUCCUGUUUUGGUGGAACAGAUUGCCAAACAAGAAUCUCAACCAUCAAAACAAUUAUUAGCUCAAAAAGCCCAUUCUAUAGUCCGCGAAUUUGCAAUGCAAGUAGAUCAACAAUUAAUGCAGCAUGAAUUAAAUAAAAAAUGGACAGCUUUAAAAAAAGCUUUAGAUAAAUCUGCGGCUAUUGCUAAAUUGAUUCAUCCAAAAGAUGGAAUUGACUUUUCUUUUGAUGAUUUAGUUUGGCCUGUUGAAAAUGACUCAACAAUAACAUUAACUAAUUUAACAAAAACUAUUGGAAGACGGCAAAUUUUAUUAAUAACACGUGCUUUUUGGCGUGAAACAAUGAAUGGACCUGAACUUGAACUCCGUUUAUUACUUUGUGAUGAUAUUAUUGUCUUCCUAAGACCUAAAGGUGGUGGUGGAGGAUCUUCUUCAUCUACAGUUAAUGUUGGGUCAAAUUCUAAUGCUGCCAAUACUAAAUUACCUCCACUUCAAUUCUUUCGCCAUAUUUCUCAUUCUGGUGUUUUACCACUUCACUCAAUUUUAGUCCGUGGAGAAAAUGUUCGAAGAAAAAGUCUUCUUUUAAUUGUUACUGCAAAACAAAGACCAGACUUAUUUGAAUUUGCCUUCCCAACAAGUGUUGAAUUGGAAAAUUUUGCUUUAGCUAUUAAAAAAGCAAAGGUAGAAGCACCCAAUUUUGUUCGUUUAGCAGAUGGGAAAUGUUUUGAAUUUGCUGAUAAACCUAUUGGGGAUGGAAUGGGGAAACCUAUAAUUAAUUCUGAUGAUUUUAAAACACAAAUGGAAAAUUGGAAAUUGGAAUUGGAUCAACUUUUUGGUGAGGGGGACUUGAGAUUUUUUAGAUUUUGA